CAUCGACAGCACGCUGGCGUCGCCCAUCAACCAGAAGCCGCUCACCCUCGGUGCCGAUGUCGUCCUCCACUCCGCCACCAAGUACAUCGCCCGCCACCAGGACGUCAUCGCCGGCUGCGUUAGCGGCUCGGAGGUGCUCAUCUCAAGGAUACGCGUGUGGUACCACGACCUCGGCGGCGCCAUCAAUCCGUCAGAAUGUGGCGUACAUGAUCAUCCGUGGACUGAAGACGAUGGCAAAAUAAAGCACAACGACCAGAACCGCCGCAUCCAUAUGAAGAGUUGCGCCUCAGAUGCAUGGCAAACAGUGCAAGCAUCCAGCAACUUGGUCUUCCUGCUUACACCCCUAAUGGACAAAGAACAGCUACCAAUUCUAAAAAGAAGACAAAUGAGAGAAAUAGAGAAUAUGCUCAUUAUGAUCCUUUGCAUGAUGAUGCCGGUGAACAAGAUUUAUUUCAUGAUGACAUUGCUAAGCUCCUGUUGGUGUUCAAUUUUUGUUGCCUUUGCUUCUGGAAUCAAACAACAAGUUGUUUCAGCUGCUUCAUUUUUUUGGUGCUGCAUGUCCUGCUGGUGUGGAGGGAACCAGAACCUGGACCUUAGAUUUUUUUGGGCUGCAAGUGUUUUCAGGUGCUUGUUAAACCAAAACCGGGUAUGCUUGAAUGCUGUGUGGUUCUUGAACUUGGAUAAGUUGGUAGCUUGGUUCUUCUACACAUUUUUGUUACUUGCUGUGUAACUAUCGUUUGAUUCUGGAAGCAGAGUAUUUGAGACUAGAGUAUUUGAGACUGACUCUAUAAUUAGUUGAAUCUGAGAUGAACCAUUGUUUGAAUUCUAUUAUAUUCUUAUCAGUUGAAUCCGAGAUGGUAUAUGUUAUUAGGUUUGA